AGCCAAAACAUGGCCGCCCCCAUGAUACAAAACGCGAAUGUUCAGUGCAGAAAGUAUUUGCUGUAUUUUGCAAAUCAUCAUGUUGAUUUUAGAAUCUCAGAGCUUGUUGCCUUGGCAGAAAUGUUUGGUAUCAACUUGUCAAAAGAGAGUUUAAAGCACCAUAAUAAGGAGUGUCCAUUUCUCAAGCUGACUCUGCCCUCAGAAACUGAGGCAAAACAAUUAGCAAGUAGGAGUGUAUUGAUAAGAUCAGUGAUUGAGUUGUGGGGUCAUGGGAACACACAUGAAGAUCUGUAUGAAGAUUUGAGAAAAUCUAAAGAUGCAAUUGUGCCAUAUUUGUCGAGACCUUCUUCGUUUAAGAUUGUUGUAGAUGGUUUCAAUCGGUCUCUCCCUCAUAAAUACAAAAUACAGAUGAUUGAGAAACUAAUAGAUGGUGCUCUACCUUUUGAAGGGAAAAUAGAUUUAAAGAAUCCUGAUGAGAUCUAUUAUUUAUUAGAGGAUUAUGGGAAACAAUCAAAAAAUGCUACUGCCGACCCUGAACAUGUGUAUUUUGGUAGGUGGAUUACGGAUGGAAACAGGGGUGAAAUUCAGAAUCAGCAUAUAACCAAACGAUCCUUUAUUGGAAAUACCAGUAUGGAAUCCAGUCUUUCACUUCUUAUGGCCAAUUUGUCAAAAGUCCAGAAAAACAUGCUAGUGAUUGAUCCAUUCGUGGGAACAGGUAGCAUACUAGUUCCAUGUGCCUACCAUCACGCCUACGUCAUGGGGACAGACAUCAAUUAUUUACUUUUACAUGCAAAAGCUAAACCCAGCAGAUCUAAUCAGAAAGCGAGAGCUGCGAACGAGAGCAUCAGAAACAACCUGGCAGAUUAUGGUUUGGAGUCGUAUUACUGCGACAUCAUGGUGGCUGAUGCCUCGAAGCAUGCCAUGUGGAGACCAAUGGAGAUAUUUGAUGCUGUCAUUACAGACCCUCCCUAUGGUAUUAGGGAAGGAGCCAGAAAAGUCGGGAAAGAAGACUCGGUCUCGCUUACAGAAGAACAAAAGGUGGAUCAUAUUCCACAGAAGAUUGACUAUGAUUUGUCCAACAUCUUCAAUGACCUUUUGAACUUUGCUUUUAAAUUCUUGCGGCUUGGUGGACGACUGACUUACUGGUUCCCUGUCCAUAGAGCGGAUUACAAGGAAGAAAACAUUCCCCAUCACCCCUGCAUGAGGCUGGUGACUAACUGUGAACAGGUGAUGAACACGAGGAUAUCCAGGCGCCUGAUCACCAUGGAGAAGUGUCAGCCAUACAGGGAAGAUCAGUGUCUCGCCAGUCACACCAAUGUGGACCACUAUCUGAAUGCCUCUUUCAGAGAGAUGUAUUUCAAAGUGACAGAAAAUCCACAAAAAUCGUCCAAGUCUGAUAGGAAUUCACAGACCAACACAAAACCUCCCUAAAAUCUCAAUUUUAUUGAAAGAUGACUUAGAAACAAUCACUCGUUGCCUUAAGAGCACGCACCCUCAAGAUAUUGCAAUACAUGUACAAGGCCGAUGUACAGUGUGUGUACCAAGGCUGAGUAAAGAAAGGUUGAUCCCUAGAUGUAAAGAGUUCGAGGCAUCUCUUUUGAAUUUUCAUGACCAAUGUUCAGAGACUUUCUUGAUGAUCUGGUGAUUUAACUUUAUAUAGUUUUAGGUCAUCUGAAAGCUGAUCAAAGUGUGUCUAUUGUCUCUCGGACUUCUGUAAACUCUUCACUGUUGCAACAUUUUAUUCAGAAUAAUUGGACCAAUUUCAAAUGCACAUCCCACAAAAUAUCCUUGGGUAAAGCCAUGGCCCCUUCCAAAGGGAGAUAAUUAAAAUAUACAGGCAAUUAUUGAUGGCUCGAACUCGCGAUCUUGUGAAGUAAUAUCCCAAUCCCCCAAUUAAUUGGCUUUGCACCUCAUUUGAUCCGAUGAUCCGCGUUUGUCAACAAGAUGUGAUCUGAAUCUUCUGAUCAAGUUCCUUUAGUAAUACUACACAUCCAGUUCUGUAAAACUGGCCAAUCGAAGAGCUGUACUCUCAAAAACUGUAGUGAAAAUAAUGCAGGGUAAUUUCUAAAUCUUUUUUUUUCAAGAACCAAUUGCUAGGUCAAAUAUGACAAAACAAGUGAUAAAUUCCUGAUUUACUGUAAAGUUGAAUUUGUUCAGAUAGUAUCCCCCAGGGUCAUGAAUGGGCCACAAAAGGAAUUAAAAGUUAUACAUUGGAUGUAUAGGAAAACAGCUUCUUUCAAGAUCAACACAGUAGUUUGUCAAAACAGUAUAGCUGAGCAUCCUCAUGUAGAUAUAAAUCUGCUCCUAUCAUCACACCCCAAAUUAUUUAUUUAGUUAGGCCAUUAAGUACCAAACAUUCUACAUUGACUCUUUGAGCAAGGCAAUUCAGGUGUGCAUUGUUGCCCAUGGACUUUUUGUUUUAGAAGAUUUUUUACUCUAGUAAUGUUUUAUUUUUUUUGUAUUUAUUUGAAGUCAUUUGAUGAGUGUAUAAUUGUAAAGGAUACACGUGAAUAAAUUGUUUUUCAGAAAGCUA